AUGGACUGGGAUGAGAUUGACGAAGACAAUGAUUACUCUAACCCUUCUGAUGAUGAGGAGGAAUUUUUUGAGACUCCAGAAACUCCUCACUAUGAUUAUUCUCCCUUUUCUAAAGAUGAGGAUGAAGAGUUUCCCGAGAUGCCAGAAACUCCUGAACCAAAAAGACAGCAGGAUUGGGAAAACCCCAUGCCUAAAACCUGCCUGCAAAACCAAACCUUAGGGUUAAAACCCUUAAGUUUGGCUCCAAUCGUCUCCUUUCGCCCACCUGCAUUCUUUCCUGUGAAGCCGGUGUCUGUCCCUGAAUCCACUCAGCCUGAGGAAAUCAAACCUUUGGGAAAGGGAAAACAAAGUGCAACUGCUUUGGAUGAGCCGACUUCAACCUCUGAGUCGACCUCAGUGGAGAACGCUGAAGCACUUCCAGGAGAGAUCAAUGCUCUGAAAGGUGAAGUAGAGCGUCUGAAGGAGCUUCUCCAGCAGAAAGAUCAGAAGCUGGCGGAGGCUGAAACUUCUCUGAGCCACCUGACAGAAGCACAAAAUCAGCUGGCUAAAGAAAGAGAAGAAAACACCUCCCUCAAGCAAGAAAUGGCGGAACUAAGAAAAGCUCAUGAGGAGGAAAAGGCUGCAGGUGAAAAGCACUUUUUGGAACCACUCUCCAAUAAUGAGAAGGCCAUGGAACAGUUAAGAGAAACCAUCACACAAAAAGAGACCAUCAUGAGCAAAUUUGAAAAGGUCUCCAGGACAAGGAUCGUAAAACUACUCGGUCAGAUUGACGACCUAAAAAUGGAGCAACGGAAAAAAGAUUACAUGCUGCGGGAAGCUGCUGGGAAAGCUGAACACCUAGAAGAACAGAUGAGCCAGGAAAGACAGCAAUGUCAGGAAGAAAAGUCCUCUGUCUUACAAGAAAUGGCUCAGCUGAAGACAGCUCUGAAUGACAAGGAGACUGAGGUGACCAAAUCUAAAAGAGUCUCCAAGAAAAAGAAUGUCCAACUACUCCGUCAGAUUCACAACCUCAAAGUGCAGCAUGAGCAGGAACAUUUGGACCUCACCAGCAAAUUGGAAAUGCAGAAAGAGUGUCUUCUAACUUACCAUGAGCUGACAUUAACAGAAGCAUAUAAUCAGCUGGCUAAAGAAAGAGAAGAAAACACCUCCCUCAAGCAAGAAAUGGCUGAAUUAAGAAAAGCUCAUGAGGAGGAAAAGGCCGCAAUGAAAAAUUCUAAUGCGGCCUCAAGUGGUGAGAUCUUCAAGCUUCAAUGUCAGAUUGAGGACCUAAAACAGGAGCACGAGAAAGAAUUUAAGGGCCUGAUCAACAGUUUUGAAAAGGAGAGAAAGGAUCUUGAAGAAAACUACAAUAGGAAGUUAAAUUCACAAAUGGAUCAGAUGGAAGGCGAAAUAAAAAGACGUCAGGAGGAAAAAGACUCCCUGCUGGAAAAAAUAGAUGAAUUAGAAAGAAAUUGUGAGAAGCAUAAGGCAGCAUGUUACCAAACUGAAAAGAAAUGUUCAGAAUUGCUGUCCAAUAAGGAUGCGAUCAUAAGCCAGUCUGAAGUCAUUUGGAACAAAAAGCUGGAGCAAAGAGACCAACGGCUUCAGACGAUAACACAGGCCGCUCUCAAGAAUAAAAUGGACCUCAGCAGGGAAAUACAGCUGUUGCAAGAAAGGAUUGAACAAGAGAGGAUCAAAACAAAUCAAGCUGAACUCAGCUUUGACCUGGAGGUAAAGGAGUCCACCAAAUUAAGAGCUGCUUUGGUCCAGAAAGAACUGGAAGGCCAGCAGCUGGAACAAGAAAGACAACAGCUGGAAGAAGAAAAGUCCACCCUUUCACAACAAAUCGCUCACCUAAAGAAAGUUGUCAAGAAGAAAAAGACCAUCAUCAGAAAAACUCAAGAGGAUUUCCAGCUGCAAAUGCAUCAACUACAGCAACAGGUGGAUGAGCUGAAAGAGAAGACCACAAAGAAAAGUGUUGGUCGGAGGUUCCUGAACCUGUUUAGAAGGUCCAGAAGAAAAGACUAAGUGGACCCCGACCACAGCCCCCCCCCCCAACACAAGA